CGCCGCCGCCGCUGCUCCCGCCCCCCAGCGAGCUCUUCCUUCCGGGAGACACCGGAAGUGCUUCUGCAGAGCGAAGAUGGCGCCGCCGCCGCCGGGGAAGCCGCUGCGCCUGCUGGUCUGCGGAGACGUGGAGGGGCGCCUGGGGGAGCUCUACGGCCGCGUGCGGGGGAUCCAGAGGAAGAGCGGCGCCUUCGACCUGCUCUUGUGCGUUGGCAACUUCUUUGGCUCUGCUCAAGACACCGAAUGGGAGGAUUACCAGACAGGAGCCAAGAAAGCUCCUAUUCAAACCUACGUCUUGGGUGCCAACGAUGAAGAAACCACACAUCGUUUCCCGGAUGUGGAUGGAUGCGACCUCGCUGAGAACAUCACUUACCUGGGGCGCAAAGGUGUCUUCAGUGGGGCCUCUGGCCUGCAGAUUGCCUACCUCAGUGGGUCUGAGGCCUCCGGGGAGCCGGCUCCUGCACACUGUUUUAGCACCAAGGAUGUGGCUGACCUCCAGGGAGCUCUGCUCUCCACUCCCAAGUUCAGAGGUGUGGACAUCCUGCUGACCUCUCCGUGGCCCAAAGGCGUGGAGAUCUUUGGGAACCGCCCAGGAGAUCUGGACACUAGGAAAUGUGCCUCUGGACUAGUAGCCCUGCUGGCUGCGAGCCUAAAGCCACGAUACCAUUUCGCUGCUCUGCAAAAGAUCUACUAUGAAAGGCUGCCAUAUCGAAACCACACUGUUCUCCAGGAAUCGGCACAGCACGUGAGCAGAUUCCUUGCCCUGGCCAGUGUUGGCAAUGCUGACAAGAGGAAGUAUCUCUAUGCAUUCAGCAUCCUUCCAAUGAGUGCCAUGGACCCAGUGGAGCUGGUCAGACAGCCGCAAGAUGUCACUGAGAACCCGUACCGAAGGCCCAGGGGAGCGGAGAGUGGUGCUCAGCUGCUGCUGGAGGCAAAGGAGGAACCUGCCUGCCAGUUUUUCUUUGAUUUAAGCAGCAAGCCCAAAGGGAGAAAGAGGCCCACAGCAGAUGGAGAGAGGAGGAGGCAGCAGCAGCAGCAGCAGCCGCUGCCCAAGCGGCCCCCUGGCAAACCCUCCCCCCCUGCGGCGGCUUGCUGGUUUUGCCUGGCCAGCCCAGAGGUCGAGAAGCAUCUGGUGGUGAGCAUUGGGACCCACUGCUACCUUGCCCUGGCCAAGGGCGGCUUGUCCCCGGAUCACGUCCUCAUUUUGCCCAUUGGGCACUACCAGUCGGUGGUUGACCUGGCUCCCGAGGUGGUGGAAGAAGUCAAUCAGUACAAAUCUGCCCUCAAGAAGUUCUUUGGGACGAAAGGGAAGCGGUGCGUGGCGUUCGAGAGGAAUUACAAGAGUCAGCACCUCCAGCUGCAGGUGGUUCCUGUUCCGCAGGACUGCUGUGCGACCGAAGACAUUAAGGAGGCCUUCGUCGUCCAGGCAGAGGAGCACCGCAUGGAGUUGCUGGAGAUCCCAGAGCACUCGGCGCUCAAGCAAAUAGUUCAGCCUGGAACACCUUAUUUUUAUGUUGAACUGGAUAAUGGGGAGAAGCUCUUCCAUCGCGUUGGGAGGAACUUCCCUCUGCAGUUUGGAAGGGAGGUGCUGGCCAGCGAGGCCAUCCUCGGCAUGCCUGGCCGGGCGGACUGGAGGAGCUGCCAGGCGGGGCGGGAGGAGGAAGCCGCCGCAGCCCAAGACUUCCGCCGGGCCUUCGCCCCCUUUGACCUUGCCCAGAUGGACUGAGCCAGCGCCAGCCAGCCAGCCAGCGGGGCGGGAAGGCCCUUGUCCAGCCGUGAGCAAGGCCCAGCUGGCCCGCCUCCCCCCCCCCCCCAAUGGCCCUUGCUGACACCAGCCGCCUUCCCUGCAGCCUCUCUCUCGGGGGGGGGGGGCUGGUCUCCUCUGGCUGCAUCCGGUCCCUGCUCCCGGAGUGGCCCCCUGGGAGCGGCUGGGCGGCCUCUGCCAGGAGAGUUGGCCACGAGGAGGCAGCUGGUGCCUCCUGCCCCAUUUCAGGCGGGAGGGCUGGCCGGCAGAGAGCGCCCCCCGCAGUGCUGCCCCCCGUGGGGCCCUCGCCAAGAGCCAAGGCGUGCCGCCUCUGGGCAGGCAGGAGUCUGAGCAAGUGGCCGUGUGCGGAGCGGAAGGGCCAAGGCGGUCUGCGGACAGGGACCGAGUGGAGGGAGCCAGGCGGCCAAGGCACGUCCACCCUCUGUGCGUCCUGCCCAGGAGGGUCCCGAGACUGCGGGGAGCUCCUCUUCAGCCCCACUUGGCCUCUGAAGACCCCGGACGCCCUUGCAACAGGAGGACACUGCGGGGGGGGGAGCUUCGUCACAGGGGCAGCCGGGGGGCCCGGCCACGGUGCAGGGAGGCGCACCUGCCUCCAGCAAGCGGAGUGGGCUGGGUGGCCUCUGCUUGGGGCUCCUGUGGAAAACCCCGCUCUGGGUGGGGGGCCUCAGCUUGGCCCUUGUGUGGAAGGAGGGGCGGGUGCUGCAAACAUUUCUCUUGCAAUGAGGACACUUUAAUAAAUAAAGAUCUCUCUCGCUGGGUC